AUCAUCUCUGCGCUAGCUAACGGGAAGCAGGAGUCACGGCUUCUUCUUCGUUUAUUGGGAAAAGGCGAGACGAGAGCGUCAGAAAUUUUACUUCAUCUCCCUGCCUUCAGUCAGGAUGAUCCACAGCCUGUUCCUGAUAAACGCCUCCGGGGACAUCUUCCUGGAGAAGCACUGGAAAAGUGUGGUCAGCCGCUCCGUGUGUGACUACUUCUUCGAGGCUCAGGAGCGCGCCACUGAACCAGAGAAUGUGCCACCAGUGAUCCCCACGCCACAUCACUACCUGAUCAGCGUGCUCAGGCACCGCAUCUACUUUGUGGCUGUCAUCCAGAGCGAGGUGCCGCCGCUCUUCGUCAUCGAAUUUCUGCACMGAGUYGUCGAUACGUUCCAGGACUACUUUGGAGUGUGCACAGAAGCGGCCAUCAAAGAUAACGUGGUGGUGGUUUAUGAGCUGCUGGAAGAGAUGCUGGACAACGGGUUUCCGCUGGCCACAGAGUCCAACAUCCUCAAAGAGCUUAUUAAGCCCCCCACCAUUCUCCGUACAAUGGUCAACACCAUCACAGGCAGCACCAAUGUGGGUGAACAGCUACCCACUGGUCAGCUGUCAGUGGUGCCGUGGCGACGCACCGGGGUCAAAUACACCAACAACGAAGCCUAUUUCGAUGUGGUGGAGGAGAUCGAUGCCAUCAUUGAUAAAUCAGGUUCCACCAUCACAGCAGAGAUUCAGGGAGUCAUCGAUGCCUGUGUGAAACUGACAGGCAUGCCGGACCUCACGCUCUCAUUUAUGAAUCCUCGUCUGCUGGAUGAUGUCAGUUUUCACCCGUGUGUUCGGUUCAAACGAUGGGAAGCUGAGCGGAUCCUCUCUUUCAUCCCACCUGAUGGAAACUUCCGGUUGCUCUCCUACCACGUCAGCUCUCAGAACCUGGUGGCCAUCCCCGUGUACGUCAAGCACAACAUCACGUUUCGGGAGGGAAGCUCCCAGGGUCGCUUCGACUUGACUCUGGGCCCCAARCAGACCAUGGGUAAAGCCGUGGAGGCGGUUCUWGUCAGCAGCCAGCUGCCUCGGGGCGUCCUCAACGCUAACCUCAACCCUUCCCAGGGAACAUACACCUUUGACCCGGUCACUAAGUUGUUGACAUGGGAUGUUGGUAAGAUCAACCCACAGAAGCUUCCGAACCUGAAAGGCACCAUGAACCUGCAGGCUGGAGCCUCUAAACCAGACGAGAACCCCACCAUUAAUAUUCAGUUCAAGAUCCAACAGAUGGCCAUCUCAGGGCUGAAGGUGAAUCGGUUGGACAUGUACGGUGAAAAGUACAAACCUUUCAAAGGCAUCAAGUACAUGACCAAGGCCGGCAAGUUCCAGGUCCGAACAUAAAGACUGCUGCUUGUUCUGCUGGACCAAAGCAUCAUGAGACUGUCAGAUGUUUGACAGGGGGAGGGGGAGUGCGUGUGUUCCCUGUGUUUGUGCAUCUACCUAAGGUUUACCCACACUAACUGGGGGGCUCCUUGUAGCAGUUCUGAGGGGGACCAUUCCACACUGAAAUCAAACUUCUAUUAUCAGCAGGUCACAGCUUGUUCAAGAACAAACUUGUAAUAUUCACACGGUCCAAAGAAUCCUKUACUGUUACCUUUUUAUUAAAAUCAUUACUUUCUUUUUUAUCCUGCAGUUUUGGUCCCUUCCAUCUCUUUUGUUUACACUUUAGUUUGUUUUGUUCUGAGUUAUGAUUACUUGAUGAUUUUUGUUUGAAACACUGGAGUUUUUAGGCUGAUUUUUAAGAAAGCUACACUGUCCUCAGUUGUGCACUUUUCCAUCUGCUGGUACUAACAUUUCCUUACAGUCCGAAUGAGAAGCACGGAAAGUGACUGAAACUGUUUGGAGUAUUUAUUACUAUGAAGACUUCAAAAAGAACCUAAAACACGUGUUCACCUGUUUUGUAUUUACGAUCCAGAAAAAGGUCCAUUUGUUGUGUCUUCAUGCUGUCAAGAAACUCUUGUGAAGCUUGUUUUUAACACGGUGGCUAACCGUUCAACUUGAAUGAAACUACAGAACGAGACACGCACCUCCAAAGAGAUGUCCACGUUUUUGUGUUUACACCUUUUUGUUUUUGUUUGUUACACAGCCUCCAGUGGAGUGUUGUAAUGGUGGAGAAAAACAAAAUAAAGAUUGAAUGUGUUAUAACUGAA